CCUACGUUAUUAUGCACGCACAAGGUAAGGCAAUAAAAUCCACCAUUUCAAGGCCAAGAGGCAACAAAGGCUGGAGAGCAAAUGGAGUCGAUAUGGUGGUAUCUGAUGGUAUGGACGCUACUUUACCAGAGUACAUGGGCUGUGGAGACUCAGACUCGUACCGGAUGGGAGAUGGAGCGGCUGGGUCGGGAGCUGCUGGAAUCGGCAAGGGAGGCAGACUUGUUGGAGUGGAUAAGAGGGGUCCGAAGGAGAAUUCAUGAGUACCCGGAACUGGGGUUUGAGGAGUACAGGACGAGUCAACUCAUCAGGGAUGAGCUAAACUCGCUCGGUAUCAGGUACGAGUGGCCUGUUGCAAAGACAGGGGUGGUGGCUACGAUUGGGUCUGGGGCUCAACCCAUAUUUGCUCUCCGUGCAGACAUGGAUGCCCUUCCUCUCCAGGAAUUGGUAGACUGGGAACACCGAAGCAAGAUCGAUGGAAAGAUGCAUGCCUGUGGUCAUGAUUCGCACGUCGCAAUGCUGCUUGGAGCUGCUAGGUUACUCCAAGGCAAAAGGGAAAUUUUAAAGGGAACCGUGAAGCUAGUUUUUCAGCCUGGGGAAGAAGGCUACGCAGGUGCUUACCACAUGUUACAACAUGGUGCACUCGACAACAUCAAUGCCAUCUUCGGUUUGCAUGUCAUGCCAUCGAUACUGACUGGUAUGAUUGCUUCAAGACCUGGUCCUAUGCUGGCUGGUGCUGGGCUGUUUUUAGCCACUGUUAAAGGGAUAGGUGGGCAUGCAGCAGGUCCGCACCAAACUAGGGAUCCAAUUCUUGCAGCAUCCCUUGCAAUCGUUGCUCUCCAACAGAUUGUAUCUCGAGAGACAGAUCCACUUGAGGCUAGGGUGGUGACAGUUGGGUUCAUAAAGGGAGGCCAGGCAGCAAAUGUAAUCCCAGAGUCCGUGGAAUUUGGGGGAACUUAUAGAAGCUUGACCUCCCAAGGUCUCUCAUACAUUCAGGAAAGGAUCCAAGAGAUCAUAGAGUCACAGGCAGCAGUGCACCGCUGUACUGCUGUAGUGGAGUUCAGGGAGGAAAUACCACUGCCUUAUCCUCCGACAGAUAACGAUGAAGAGUUGUAUGAGCAUGCCAAAAGGGUUGGAGAGAUCCUACUUGGGGAACCCAAUGUGCAGCUUGUACCAAUAACCAUGGGAGCAGAGGAUUUCAGCUUCUAUUCCCAAAAAGUACCAGCUGUAAUGUUUGAGCUUGGAAUAAAGAACGAGACUCUGAAAUCUGAUCAGCCAUUGCACUCACCGUAUUUUGUUAUUGAUGAGACAGCACUUCCCAUAGGAGCAGCUCUCCAUGCCGCUGUAGCAAUCUCUUACUUGGAUAGCCAUGCUGCAGAUUCAGUUCUGCAAGUGGGAACCAUCUAGGGAUCAAUAUGUUCCAGGUUCAACUUAUAUUGGGAACCAAAACAGCUUAUUUCUACUGUCCAAGAGAAGUGUGAUUACCAUUCUACCAGAAAUUGAUCAAAGAAAAUGUCAAAUUGUGUAACCCUUCUAAUUUGUUAGAUAUAUGAACUUAAACUUCUUCGAUGAGAACUUUAUAAAUUGAUAUACAGCUAAAUGUUAAAUCCA